UUUCUUUUUUUUUUUUUCCUUUUUUUUUGGCAAUCAUCUUUUAUAUUAUCAAGAUUUGGUUAGAGUGGCCUUAUAACUUUUAUAUAUUUUCUGAUGCACUUUGCUGAACCAGUGGCAGGCAUGUUACUUUGCUACCUCUUUAGUCUUUUUUACUACCAAACUCCUCUUGCUUUCUUGGCUUCUGGGUUCUGACAUAAGGUGUUUGUGUUUGUGUUGGAGUAAAUGAGUGAGUGCAGUUAUAGGAAAGCAUGAGGUACUGUGAGCUUUAUACAUGAGAAAACAAACAUAAAACCAAAACCAAGAUUUUCUUUUGUUGAAAAUUUCAAAUCUUUAAUUACGCUCUUCUCUAACUUCUAUCUUCCCUUUACUUCUUCCUUUUUGUAAGUUAUAAUAUAAUCAUUAGUUUUUUGGCAAUUGGGUAUUUGGUUUUGUGUUUUGAAUUCAAUGGAAGCAAGGGAAAACAAUGUUCGUUUUUUAUGUUUGAGUUUGUUCUGCUUAUUGAGUACUGCAUAUGGAUUGUUGUCUCCUAAAGGCGUCAACUAUGAAGUUGUGGCUUUGAUGAGUAUUAAGGGUUUACUACAUGACCCUCAUAAUGUUCUUAACUGGGAUGAAACUGCUGUGGAUCCAUGUAGCUGGACAAUGAUCACUUGUUCUCCAGAUGGCCUGGUCACUGGCCUAGGAGCUCCAAGCCAAUAUUUAUCUGGCCGUCUUUCACCAAGUAUAGGAAAUUUGACAAAUCUCCAGCUUGUGCUUCUACAGAAUAACAACAUAUCAGGACCUUUGCCCUCUGAGCUUGGAAGGCUUUCAAAGCUUAGAACACUUGAUCUUUCUAAUAAUUUAUUCAAUGGUGAACUUCCCAGUACUCUGUCUAAUCUAAAAAACCUUCAAUACAUGAGGCUUAACAAUAACAGUUUCCAUGGAGCAAUUCCUUCAUCUUUGGCUGCCAUGUCUCAGCUUUCCUUUCUGGACUUGUCUUACAAUAAUCUGACUCCUCCUGUACCCACUUUUCAUGUUAAAACAUUCAACAUUAUAGGAAAUCCUCUGAUAUGUGGAACUGAGCAAGAAUGCUUUGCAACCAUACCAACUCCACAGUCUUUGGCCUUGAACAAUUCACAAAAUUCUCAACCUUCAGGAAGUGGAAAAGGCCACAAAAUUGCCUUAGCCUUUGGUUCAAGCCUGGCCUGCAUCUGCUUAUUGAUUCUUGGAUUUGGUUUUCUUCUUUGGUGGAGGCAAAAGCACAAUCAGCAAAUAUUCUUUGAUGUUAAUGAACCCCGUCAUGAAAAACUCGACCUUGGAAACCUGAAGAGGUUUCAAUUCAAAGAACUUGAGGUAGCUACAAACAAUUUCAGCAGCAAAAACUUGAUAGGAAAAGGCGGUUAUGGCAAUGUUUACAAAGGGUAUCUACAAAAUGGAACCGUUGUAGCUGUUAAAAGGCUUAAAGAUGGAAAUGCUAUUUCUGGUGAAAUUCAAUUUCAAACAGAAGUAGAGAUGAUCAGCCUAGCAGUGCAUCGCAAUCUCCUCCGUCUGUAUGGAUUUUGCAUGACAACAACUGAAAGGCUAUUAGUUUACCCUUACAUGUCCAAUGGGAGCGUUGCUACUCGUCUCAAGUCCAAACCAGUAUUGGACUGGGGUACAAGAAAAAGAAUUGCUUUAGGAGCUGCAAGAGGAUUAUUAUACUUGCAUGAACAGUGUGACCCCAAGAUCAUUCAUAGGGAUGUUAAGGCUGCAAAUAUAUUGCUUGAUGAUUACUGUGAAGCUGUUGUAGGAGAUUUUGGAUUGGCAAAGUUGUUAGAUCAUAGGGAAUCCCAUAUUACGACAACUGUUAAGGGUACUGUCGGGCACAUAGCCCCAGAAUAUCUGUCAACAGGUCAAUCAUCUGAGAAAACAGAUGUUUUUGGGUUUGGAAUGCUCUUAGUUGAGUUAAUUUCUGGUUUAAGAGCUCUUGAAUUUGGCAAGUCAUCAAAGCAGAAAGGAGCUAUGCUUGAUUGGGUGAAGAAGAUUAAUCAUGAAAAAAAGCUCGAGUUGUUAGUUGACAAAGAUCUGAAGAACAACUAUGAUCGAAUAGAGUUGGAAGAAAUGGUUCGGGUAGCUCUGCUAUGCACCCAAUACUAUCCGACUCACAGACCCAAAAUGUCAGAGGUUGUUCGUAUGCUCGAAGGAGAUGGACUUGCAGAGAAAUGGGAAGCAUCGCAGAGAGCUGAAGCAACUGGAUCACGAGUCGCUGAGUUCUCAUCUUCAGAGCGAUAUUCGGAUCUUACUGAUGAUUCUUCGUUACUUGUUCAAGCGAUGGAGCUCUCUGGACCCAGGUGACAUGUUUCUAAAAAAGGAUGGAAAAGCAUUUUACAUACUUCAAAAUGAAAAGAAUCUACAAUGUGAAAACAAAGUUUCUUGUAUAUUACUGUAUUAAAAAACAUAUUGAAGCUCUAGAGCAUUAUGUCAAAAUUUUCUGACUGUACAGAAUCGGGAUUGAAAAUGACAUAUAGAUGAGUGUUUACAUGUCUUUCUGUUCCUGUUGAGUGAAGAUUUUUUCUUCUCUUGCUGGAUUUUCUGUCAGGGUUGCUUGUAAUAAUUGUCCUAGAAUAAAAAUUACGAUUCUUUGCUAA